AUAUCCUGCAUUGCAGGUCCUAUACUGUGUAGGGGCCUGUGUUCAUAAAAUUCUGUCAAAAAAUGUCAGCAAUGAGAAUGAAAGCAGUAAGGUGUCCUACUGAUGAACUCAGUAUCACGAAUUGUGCUAUCAUCAAUCCAGAUGACUUUCCAGAUGAUGUCAGGCACAUUGAAGUUACCACUGUACCAAAUCAUCAUUUUGUAUUUACUAUAAAACGACAUCAUGAUAUACUUAGAGGAUCUGUGGGAUUUAGCUUACCUCAAAGAAAAUGGGCUCUUCUUUCCCUUAAUCAAGAAAUUGAAGUCCGACCAUAUCAUUUUAAUCCUACUUCAAGUACAGAAUGUUUAUGUACUAUUGUAUUGGAAGCUGAUUUCUUACAAAAAAAAUCAACUACUUUGGAACCAUAUAAUACUGAUGAAAUGGCUAAGGAUUUUCUGUUACAAUUUUCGGGGCAGGCAUUCACCGUGGGUCAACAACUGGUGUUUCAGUUCAAAGAUAAGAAAAUGCUUGGUCUUGUAGUUAAAAGUUUAGAAGCUGCGGAUCUUUCUGCUAUAAGUUCUGGACAGAAUACAGUGCCCAAAAAGACUCAAAUGGGCCGUUGUUUAGGCGAUACUGUUAUACAAUUUGAAAAAGCAGAGAAUUCAAGUUUAAAUCUUGUUGGUAAAGCAAAAGGAAAAGUCGUUCGACAAUCGAUCAUUAAUCCAGAUUGGGAUUUUCAAAAAAUGGGAAUUGGUGGACUGGAUAAAGAAUUUAGUGCUAUUUUCCGAAGAGCAUUCGCAUCUCGAGUUUUUCCACCAGAAAUUGUUACUCAAUUGGGUUGUAAGCAUGUUAAAGGAAUUUUACUUUAUGGUCCACCAGGUACAGGUAAAACAUUAAUGGCACGGCAAAUAGGAACUAUGUUAAAUGCUAGAGAACCUAAAAUUGUCAAUGGCCCUCAAAUUUUGGACAAAUAUGUUGGAGAAAGUGAAGCUAAUAUUAGAAGAUUAUUUGCUGAUGCUGAAGAGGAGGAGAAAAGACUUGGGCCAAAUAGUGGAUUACAUAUAAUUAUUUUUGAUGAAAUUGAUGCUAUUUGUAAGUCUCGAGGUAGUGUUGCCGGAAAUACAGGAGUUCACGAUACUGUCGUGAAUCAGUUGCUCGCAAAAAUUGAUGGUGUGGAACAAUUAAAUAAUAUUCUUGUUAUUGGUAUGACUAACAGAAGAGAUAUGAUUGACGAAGCUUUGUUACGACCUGGUAGAUUAGAGGUACAAAUGGAAAUUAGUUUACCUGAUGAACAUGGGAGAUUUCAAAUUCUUAAUAUUCAUACAUCGCGAAUGAGAGAUUAUAAAAAAGUAUCGUCUGAUGUUGAUUUAAAAGAAUUAGCAACACUGACUAAAAAUUUCAGCGGUGCAGAAUUGGAAGGUUUAGUGAGAGCUGCACAAAGUACUGCUAUGAAUCGACUGAUCAAAGCUUCUAGUAAAGUUGAAGUAGAUCCUGCAGCAAUGGAAAAACUUAUGGUUUCAAGAACCGAUUUCCUUCAUGCUUUAGAAAAUGAUGUUAAACCAGCAUUUGGUACAAGUGCAGAAGCAUUAGAUCAUUUACUUAUACGUGGAAUUAUUAACUGGGGCAAACCAGUAGCAGAGAUUCUAUCUGAUGGUAAUUUAUAUAUUCAAGAAGCACGUUCCACUGAAGGUUCUGGUCUUGUAUCAGUUUUGUUAGAAGGACCACCAAAUAGUGGAAAAACGGCUCUUGCUGCUCAAAUAGCUAAGAAUUCCGAUUUUCCAUUUGUUAAAGUAUGUACACCAGAAGAUAUGGUUGGUUUCACAGAAUCUGCAAAGUGUCUUUCAAUUCGAAAGAUAUUCGACGAUGCAUAUCGUUCACAACUUAGUUGCAUUUUAGUUGACAAUAUUGAGCGUUUGUUAGAUUAUGGACCGAUUGGUCCACGAUAUUCUAACUUAACCCUACAAGCAUUAUUAGUUUUAUUAAAGAAACAACCACCACGUGGUCGUAAAUUAUUAAUACUCUGUACUACCAGUCGCAGACAAGUUUUGGAUGACAUGGAAAUGUUGUCAGCAUUUAGUACAACUCUCCACGUACCAAACUUAUCAACUCCUGAUCAUUUAUUAAGUGUUUUGGAGGAAGUUGAUUUAUUUAGUAAAGAUGAAAUGGCAUAUUUGCAUGCCAAACUUCAGGGAAAACGAGUAUUUAUUGGUAUAAAAAAGUUGCUAUGUUUAAUAGACAUGGCACGUCAAGUAGAACCAAAUUAUAGAGUUCCAAAAUUCCUUUCAAAACUAGAGGAAGAAGGUGGACUGGAAUAA